UCCUCGUCGAGUCCGGACGCGCGUCCUUUAUCCGUGGGAUCCGUUUCGCUCGAGCGCGUCGGCCACCGCACGAACGUCGCCUCGUUCCAUUCUCGUCGCAGCCGCCGGCCCCUCCAGGGCCCGACGCGAGAAGCGGAGAGAGCGGGGUAGAGGGAAGGAGAGGGACGGAGAGGGCGAACGCGUCGCCGGGUAAUUUGGCGGGCGGCGGACAAAGGACGAGAGAGACGAAGCGCGCGCGCGUCCUUUAGCGUCGCCGGAACACGUCGAGGGCCGCGGGAGAGAAAGAGAGCGUCGCGCCGUCGGUAAGGAAGGCGCAGGAAGGCCCGGAGAUGGCGGAGGACAAGAACGAGACCAGCCCCGGCACCGAGGGCGAGAAGACGCCCCAGGAGCAGGAGAAGAAGGUGGUGGAGGAGAAGCCCGAGGAGAACGGGCAGGGCGAGAAGCCGAAGGAGAACGGCGAGGAGAAGCCCACGCCCGACCCGAAGGACAUGCGGGCCAUCGUGCUCAACGGCUUCGGCGGCCUCAAGAGCGUCAAGGCCCUCAGGAAGCCCGAGCCCGCCGUCGCCGAGGGCGAGGUCCUCGUCAGAGUCAAGGCAUGCGGACUCAACUUCCAGGACCUGAUGGCCAGGCAGGGCGCGAUAGACUCGCCUCCGAAGACGCCGUUCAUCAUGGGCUCGGAGUGCGCCGGAGACGUCGAGCAGGUCGGCGAGGGAGUCGAGAACUUCAAAGUCGGGGACAGGGUGGUCGCGCUGCCGGACCAUAAGGCCUGGGCCGAGCUCGUCGCCGUCCCGGCGACGUCGGUCUUCGCCCUGCCGUCGGGGAUGAGCUACUUGGACGCCGCCGCCAUCACCAUGAACUACACAGUGGCUUACAUUCUGCUCUUCGAGCUGGCCAGCCUCUCGCCGGGGAAGAGCGUGCUCAUCCACAGCGCCGGAGGUGGCGUGGGUCAAGCCGUCGUCCAGUUGGCCAGAACCGUCAAGGAUGUGACGAUCUUCGGGGUCUGCGGGAAGCUGAAGCACGAGGCGCUGAAGGAAGCCGGCACCAUCGAUCAUCUGUUGGAAAGAGGCACCGAUUACAGCAGCGAAAUCCGAAAGAUCUCCCCCGAGGGCGUGGACAUCGUUUUGGAUUGUCUCUGCGGCGAGGAGUGCAACAAGGGGUACGCCCUGUUGAAGCCCAUGGGAAGAUACAUACUCUAUGGCUCUAGCAACGUCGUCACCGGGGAAACCAAGAGCCUGUUCUCCGCGGCGCGAUCGUGGUGGCAGGUGGACAAGAUCUCGCCGAUCAAGCUCUUCGACGAGAACAAGACCGUGUCCGGGCUGAACCUGCGCCACCUGAUGUACCAGCACGGUGGCCACGCGUACGUGCGAAAAGCCGUGAACCACGUCUACAGACUGUGGAGCGAGGGCCAGAUAAAGCCGGUGGUGGACUCGACGUGGGCCCUGGAGGACGUCCCCGAGGCGAUGCAGAAGAUGCACGACCGCAAGAACAUCGGCAAGAUCGUGCUCGACCCGAGUCUGGAGCCCAAGCCGAAGCCGGCCACCCCGGCGAAGGGGAAGGCGAAGGACAAGAAGUCGGCCAGCCACGAGGAGAAGAAAGCGUCCAGCGUCGAGUCCGAGGACGGCGAGAAGAAGAAGGAGCCCGAGCUCACCAACGGCACUUCGGAGGACAAGUCCGACACCGACUCGAAGGAGAAAGAAUCCAGCUGAAUUCCCGGCUGACCUUAACGCAACCGACAGAGGCCGACCAUCACCGUAACCACCGCCGAGGAGUAAGACGAGUCCUGUUAAAGAAGAUCACCGAAGGAACCGCGUUAGCCCAUCCGUGAUAAGAAGAAAGGAAAACGAAAGAAGAGAGUAAGGUAUACGGAAGCGAAGUCAGAGAGAGAGAGAGAAAAAAGGAGUUAAUCUUAAUUUAGCGAUAAUAAGGAAGAGGGAAGCUGGCUCGGCGAGGGGAAGAGGUGGACGCGCGCGGCCUCUUCCCGGUGGGCGAUCCGGGGCAUUCGAGGAGGAGACCAUCCGGGAAAAGCGACGUCGAGGCAAUCGGGAAUAUGCGGGCUCUCUCUCUCCCUCCCUCCCUCCAUUUCUCUCGCAUGCCCGGACAGCGAAUCGCAUUUAAGCGCAUUUAAAGGCCCCGUAUAAAGGAGAGGCCCCCGAACCGAGGACCUCGUUCUCUCAUCGAGUCCUCGAUAAGAUAUUCGACCUUUUUAUAUAUAUAUAUAAAUAUAUUCAUUUUUAAUUUUAUACCAAGAGACCCUCGGCUUUGCGCGAGACGAUCGAUACUUCGUCACGAUUAUGUUUCCUUUUCUUUUCUUUUUUUUAUUUGUUUGUUCCAAAGUGUCGCUUUUUAAUCAGAGGUUUUUCCGUGUUUCUCCCCCUUUUAUAUGAAACGUGUACUCGUCGGGGCGCCGCGGCGUUUCUCCGGGACACGCCUAGAGUCUGUACCGGGGAAAUGCUGGCUUCCGCCUCGAACCUCUGCGUCUCGGGAUCGGUACGUAACGUGCCUGGUCUCUUGUUAUUUUAUAUUAUUUUAUUUUAUUUUAUUUUUAUUUUUUUAUUUUUUUUAACGGAUAUACACGCAGUCUCUCUUGGUCGAGGAGCACGAUUCGGUUGGCGCGCGUACGCCCGUAAGCGGAUCGAUUUAUCGCUGCACGAAUGCACCGUUGUUUUUAAUUGCUACGAUUUACUGCCAGAUCGAACCUCUUGCUAGCGUCAGCCUCACACUUUAUUCAGCAAUUGUACCGCUAUCGUUAUACAUAUAUACAUGUACCCGCUACGAUUUAACGAAUACCGAUCGAUUACGCAUCCGCGACGCUGCGGGGCCGUCUGGAAGUCCUUUGGAGAUCGAAGCGUUACAUUUGGUACGUACGUGUUACCCCGGUAGGCUUCGAUUUGGAGAAGGCGGACAUCGCGCGAGACCGGUCGCACCCCCCGUCCCCUUUUUCUACGCGAGUUACUCGAAUAUCUUUGGAUGCUUUUUUAUUGGGGCACUCGGUCUCUCGAGUCCGGCCCUCCACAUGAACGACUACUGCCGACGCGUUUGUAUAAUUACCUCGCGGGGGAUCAACUUAGUCUCGGACGUAGGGAGAGAAAUCGGUCGUCGGGGUUUUCGUCGACGAUCGGGACCACCGAUUGUCUCGACCUCGUCGGUAGCGAGUUCAUUAGCAUAUCGUUCUCGGGAGAUAUUUUCGAAGGAUUUUUAUCUUUAGAGGAGGUUUUCCGGGGCGCGUUUCGGCCGGACGAGGGGGGGUUUUUUUUCUCCUCGACCGGAAGGACGCUCCGAGGGUAGAGGAUCCCUCUCGCCAAAAAUGCACGUUUCGGUCGGAUGCACAACGAGCGACGAUCUCGAGGGGACGAGAGACAGUUUCCUUUUAGGCGCCAUGCUCGCCCAGGCGAAGAGAGCGAAAUCGGGCUGCAUCGCGACUCGUCAGACCUUUUGGUACACGCGACAAUCUUGCGCGCCCGCUCGAAGGGACCGACGCGUCUUCUUCUCGGGUGUCCUUUUUCGACGGUUUUACGUUCGGUCGUAGGGUAGGUGUCUCCUCGGAUUUAGCCGGUCUUCGACCAGAGGACGAUCGGGCUUAGAGCGAGAUGAGAAACGGCCUGAGGAUAUGAAUUUUCUACCUAUUUUUCCAAGAGCUGCCCGCGGGAUAACCGCGCGAGAAUUCCACCGUUCGGUCGAGCUCUCGGUCCGCGUCUACGGUCUUCGAGGUAGCUCUGCGUAGGGGAGACCUCAGGGUUCCCGGCGGGGACUCGACUGCCUAGGCGAGGACGCGCAUCCGAAUCGUAGAGCCCUCCACCUUAUCUCGCGCGUCUCCCGGCGCGAAGUCCAAAUACAAAGUACAACGAGAGGUCCAAAUUUUUUUCACCGUCUAGACGGCAGGAUUAGGGAUAUCGCGCUCGCGCCGUAGCUUCUCGUUCCAUCCUGGAAGGCGCGGGCGACGAGUCUCCUCGUGCCGAGGGGUAGGACGCGGAUGCACGAUGCAUAUCUCCGAAAGGAAACACGUUGGAAGCACUUUUUCUACGUGGGCCAUUACGUGUUAGGGUGGUACCGAUUAGUCCAGAGGUAGAGACUCGAGUCACCGAUCGAUCCAGGGUGGGAGAGAUCGUUUCGGAGCCGGACCUCGACGACAAGGGUCGGGUAGGAAGCGAUAGACCUCCCUCUCUUCCGGGCCAUUUUUCACCCGUCGACGACCUACGGGGCGCGCGUCGUUCUCUCUCGGACCUCUCCGCGGCGAGUCGGGGCGCGCGCAUAUAUUCCGCGAUCGAGACGCAUCCGGACACGUAGACCCUCGACCCGGUCCGCGGGGGCGCGCGGGCGUCCGCAGCGGGUCGAAACUCCCCCCGCCGCUCGCGGCGCCUGCGCGCGAGCGAUCUCCCCCGAGAACGAGAGAAUUCGACAGGACUCGAACCACGCGACGGACACGCGCGCGCACGCACACAAAAAAAACCACACGACCACGACACACUGUAUAUUUUACGUAAGGCUUUAAAUGUUUCAUCAAAAUAACUAUCUAAUUAUAUUAUAAUAUAUCUAUAUAUUUGUAACGACACAAGAACUUCCCCGAGCCCGACCCCCCAAGGCCCCAGAUAUCGAGUCGUUUAGUUGGCUAGGCGGCCGCCGCCGGGCGCUGGCGUCGCCGCGGCCCCGGCCCGACACCCGACAACCCCGGGACGCGGCGACGCGGGGGCCGCGGCGCGGGAAUUAGUACGUAGCUUCCGUUUUUGAUAUUAUUUUCUACUCGGCGUGUAGGCGACCCCGCGCGCUCGGUCGCCCCUUGGGGAACCGAUGGGGGGACGCGGCCACGUGGAUUUUCCCCUAGGGCGACCGGCCCCGCGGGUUUACCGACGAAUCCUUUUAUCGGUCGAGCGCUCUCUCGCCCGCCUCCGUUCCGGGCGGGACCGGGGUCCCGCUCUCUCUCGUGCGUUUCUUCUCCGUCUCCUCUGUCUCUUUGUCGAUCGAUUGCGGGCGAGAUAAGCUGUAUACACUCUCCUUAGUUUUAAGAUGCUCUCGAAGUUAUCCCGGGCGACCCAACCGUCUGAAUAUAAACGAUCGAUUAUGUGUAAAAUUGUAAAAUUUAUCCAGGGGACCGGGCGAGGGCGGGCGGUUCUCCCUCCCUCUCUCUCGUUCGCUUGCGCCGGGCCGGAUAGCGUACAUAACACAUAUAGCCGAGAAAAAGUAGCGGGAAGCCGCGAGCGAGGGACGCUCUUUCGAGGAGAGAUGAUAGCACCCGACCCGCCCACCUUUUACGCCCGGCCCUCGCAGGCUUGAUAUAUAGAUUGUAUUUUUGGCUUAUUAUCGUAAGACUGACUAUGUUGCUAUAUUAAAGAUUGCUUCGAAAACGCGA